UAUAAAAUAUUAAACAAUCUAUGCUGCGCUCUUACGAUAUAAUUCGCGUAAAGUAGAACAAAUAAACAAAAUAAAUUAUAUUUACAAGUGGUUUAAAAGUUACGGAAGCCGUCAAUUGGUAACCCGAAAAUGUCGAAUGAAGACGUGCAAUUCAAUCAAAGCUUUGACCAGGAUGACGACAACAAUGAUGAUGAUGACUACGAUAAUGAUGAAGACAAUCAGCAGAAUGAAGACGACGAUCAGUACGACGAUAAUGAUGACGGCAAUAAUGAGGGUGACGAUGAUGGAUCUAACAACGUAAAGAUUGGUAAUGUUGGUGAAAGUCCAAAAUUUGUAAGAUUGCGCGGGCUGCCUUGGUCGGCCACACACAAGGAGAUUCUUGACUUUCUGGGAAAUGUGGAGGUUCUCAACGGGUCGGAGGGCAUCCACCUGGUGACCAGUCGUGUGGAUGGAAAAAACACUGGCGAAGCUUACGUUGAGGUUGCCAGUCAGGAGGAUGUAGAGGAGGCGCGCAAGCUAAACAAAGCCAGCAUGGGCCAUCGAUAUAUUGAAGUCUUCACUGCUACGCCGAAGGAGGCUAGAGAAGCUAUGCGGAAGACUGGCGGACAUGGCAGCGCUUUUGUUGUAAAGCUACGCGGUCUACCUUACGCUGUUACGGAGCAGCAAAUUGAAGAAUUCUUUACCGGGUUGGAAAUCAAAACGGAUCGGGAGGGCAUACUUUUUGUUAUGGACAGAAGGGGUCGUGCUACUGGGGAAGCUUUUGUUCAGUUCGAAAGCCAGGAUGACACUGAGCAAGCCUUGGGCCGAAAUCGUGAAAAAAUUGGGCACAGGUAUAUUGAAAUCUUUCGCAGCUCGAUUGCUGAAUUGAAACGCGCUACAAAUUGCGGCGGGGGUGGCGGCGGCGGCGGUGGACGUCCAGGACCAUAUGACAUACGCGAUCGUGGAGCCAACCGUGGUGGUAACGAUUUUGGAGGUCGCAAUGAUUGGGGCAACAAUGGCAACUUUGGAGUAGGAGCCAAUAAUAUGCUUGGAUUUAACAAUCUUCCCAGUUUAAUGAAUUCCGGUAAUUUCGGUAACAAUUCUGGAGGAGGCGGCGGCGGAGGAGGAGGCGGUGGUGGCGGAGGCGGGCACCACAGCAACAACGGCAACUUUGGUCAAAACUCUGGAAAUUUUGGAAAUUUCGGCAACGAUUUUGGUGAUUUCAAUAAUUUUGGCAACAAUCGCAACAAUAACAAUGGAAACAACUUUGACAUGGGCAACAACUUUGGUAACAAUGGCGGUGGUGGAGGCGGAGGAUUUGGCAAUUUUGGCAAUAACUCGGGCGGAGGAUCAGGUUUUAAUAAUGGCGGCCACGGAGGCAACUUCAAUAAUGGCGGCGGCGGUGGCGGUUUUAAUAACGGUGGCAAUGGCGUCGGAUUUGGAAACUUUGGUAAUAAUUCAGGUGGAGGCGGAGGGAUUGGCGGCUUCAAUAACGGCGGCGGCUCUGGAUUUAAUAAUGGUGGUAACAGUGGUUUCAAUAAUGGAGGCAACUUUAAUAAUGGCGGCGGUGGCGGUGGCUUCAACAAUGGCAACAAUUACAAUUCAGGCGGCGGAAACUUUGGCCCUAUUGGUGGUGGACGCAACAAUGAUGCGGAGUACUUUACAAUUCACAUGCGGGGCCUGCCUUACAAUUCGUUUGAAAACGAUGUCUUCAAGUUCUUCGAUCCUCUGCGGCCAGCCAAUGUGCGUAUCAAUUACAACAAGAAGGGACUGCACAGUGGAACAGCUGACGCAUACUUUGACACAUACGAUGACUCUCAGCUGGCAAUGAAGCGGCAUCGCGAAAAGAUAGGCUCUCGUUACAUAGAGCUUUUCUAUGAUGGCAAAACACGAGGAGGACCACACAUGGGUGGUGGUGGUGGAAACAAUGGAGGAGGCGGUAACAACAACAAUGGAGUGGGUGUCGGAGGAGGCGGCGGUGGAAACAAUGGUGGAGGUAGUUUCUCGCGCCGUAUUUAAAAACUUAUUUCUUAUUAAUUCCUUACAUUUACAUACGUUAAUGUAAACGCAAGUAUUUCAUAAGUCUAUGGAUCGAAAACAACAUACCCAAUCAACAAGAUGAAUAUACAACGGACAAUGUCGAUAGUGCAUAGAAUUAAACUUCCCGAACGCAUCAAUUACAGAAUACAAUUACAAAUGCAACUGUAACAUGGACAGUUCCGAAAAUUGUAAAGCACUUUACAAUAAAAACAUAAAAUAAUAUUUUAGUGAAA